ACUUCUCAACAGCGUUCAAGAUCAAGAUCUUGUAAAUACGAAAAUAAAUUCAUCAGUCUCACACGGAGAUGAGACAGUCCGCACGACUGUCCGUGAUUGUUAUAUAGAAAAAAAAUGUCAGCGCCAUGUUUUACACCUUUCCUGAAACAAUGUUUGGUGACGGGUGGAGUGGCACUCAACAUGGCAGGCAUGGGACUGGUGUUGGGACUCUCCACCGUGCUACUCCCGCAGCUGAGGGCACCAGACUCGACUAUACAAAUAGAUGACUCCUCGGGAUCUUGGAUAGCCGCCAUUCCUGGAUUUUCAAUCAUUGUUGGAAAUUUCAUAGUGCCUUCUAUAAUGACCAAGUUCGGAAGAAAAAUAGCAAUACUCACUACUGUAGCCAUAUCAACCAUUGGAUGGUUGUGCAUCGUGUUAUCUAAUAGCGUCGAGUUCAUGAUCGCCGCCAGAUUCUUACAAGGCAUCUCAAUUGGAAUGAUCACAAUUUUAGGCCCAGUUAUAAUCGGCGAAUGUACCAGUCCCAAAAAUCGUGGAUCAUUUUUGAUGACUAUAUCAUUGUCUAUAGGUUUUGGUGUAUUAUUAAUACAUACUAUAGGAAUUUAUUUGCAUUGGAAAACAACUUCUUAUAUAUGUAUAGCUUUUGUUUUAUUAGAUUUAUUUAUUGUAUUAUUAACACCAGAGACUCCAAGUUGGUUAUCAAGUCAAGGUAGAUACAGUGAAUGUAGAAAAGUAUUUAGAUCUUUAAGAGGUGACGCUGAAGAGGCAGAAUUAGAGAAAAUGAUAGAAGCAGAUAUCGCUAUAGAUAAAGAAAGGGAGACUGGAGAUGAGCCUAAAACGUUUGUUGAUAAAAUGAAAUCUAAUUUCCAUUACUUAAAAGUUACAGUAAAGGAAAGAGCAUUCUGUAGACCUAUAUUUAUAAUGUUGCACAUUUACACAAUGGCACAAUGGAGUGGAGUCAACAUAGUAACAUCGUAUACGUUAGAUUUAGUACUCCGCGUUAUAGGAAAUGACGUCGACGUUGCAGCAAUGGUAAUAUCCAUUGAUAUACAAAGACUAAUUUCAAGCACAAUCAGUUUGAUCAUAAUAAAGAAGAUUCGAAGAAGGCUGCUCAUAUUCAUAACAGUAACUUUGAAUAUAAUAACGUUCCUAGUUUUAGCGGGAUAUACGUACGGGAAAGAGAAUAAUUUGCUGCCAUACGAUAGUCCUCACAUUGGUAUUGUAUUAGUUCAUGUACACGUCUUCUCUAUAGUAACAGGAGCUUUACCUUUAUCAUAUGUGCUAUCUGGUGAACUGUAUCCUAUGCAAUACAAAGGUUUGUGUGGUGGAAUCAGUUCAUUAUUUAUGUCAAUAAAUGUUUUUCUUGUCGUUAAAACUAUACCAGUUCUGUUCAGCUCAUUAGGCUUUCCAUUAACAUAUUUAUUGUACGGAUGUGUAGUUGGGUAUUGCUUAUUUAUAGUAACCAUAUUCUUGCCAGAAACGAAAGAUAGAACAUUGCAAGAUAUUGAAGAAGAACUGAGGGGAAGAAAAUCUUUGCCUCAAUAAACUUAUUUAGAGAAAGCAAUUGUGGAAUUGUUUAUAUUUAUGGCUGUGAUUUGUGAUAAUAAUCAAUUGCUGACAGCCGGUCCUGUCGUGAACAUGGUGCUAAAAUUAGGCAAAUAAAAAAAGAAAAACAAUUAGUUCAUAUGUAAAAUAAUAUUUGUAUAUAUUUA